GUACGAUAUGUUCAGGACCGCUAGUCCAUCUUGCUUUCAGAAGCGAUCAGGCAGUCUUUCUCACCCGCACCGGAAAUAUUUAAAAUUCUCGACGUGAGAGGUUUUUCGUGAUAUCAUCACCUCUCCUGUUCAUUACAGCCUGGUAACUAUACUCUACCGUCAUUUACGACGCACAAGAUGCUUUCUGGGUCUGCGUGCAAGAUAUUUUCGGGUAUUCCACUCCAGACGCUUUUGGAAGACAGAACCAUCACUUCUCGACCACCACAUGAUGUUGUUCGUUCUCGCCUUGAGUUCGAUCAAACGGACAGCUACUGGUGGGAUACUACUGGCGUUGUUCUGAGUAAACUCAUGACUCAAGCUGGAUAUCCUUUAGCUGUUCAUUACAAGGCGCUUGCAUUCUUGUAUGAUAAUGUCUUGCAAGCUUGGGGUCCUAUUCCCCAUGGCACAGAUGGUCAGUCCGAUGGCCGACCUUGGAAGGCUACCUUCCUUGAGGAUGGCUCGAACUUCGAACCUAGUCUCAACCUUUCAGCCACGGGUACCACCGAAACUUGCGUUCGUUUUACCAUCGAGUGCAACAGUGCGCUAUCCGGUACAUCAGAGGACAUUCUCAACCAGAAAGCCACCCACGCUCUCAUCAUGCGCUGUGCAGAUGCACUUCCGGACUUCGACCUCACUGUGUACAAUUACAUGGUCGAAACACUCAUGUGCGACGAUAAAGAGGCUUUACGCCUCAUUCAAGACUUUCCGACCUGUCGUCAUCCCCAGAUUCUCUUUGCUUUUGACUUCGAGCGGUCGGGAAGAAUUCUCGGCAAGUGCGUUCCAUUUCUCUAUUGGAAGAGCCACCAGCUGGGCAUCACACGCAAGGCCCUUGCCACGAAGUUUAUUUCUGGUGUUCCUGAGGUUGGGCCUCAUUUUGCGCCUUGCCUUGCCGCCUGGAACGAUUUCAUGGUGUCAGUCCCGGCCGAACUUGGCGGUGAGCCAACAACAGAGUGCAUGAACUUCGACGUUGUGAAACCUGGGAAGAACUCAAGGAUAAAGAUCUAUAUUCGUCCUCACAAGACAUCAUUCAACUGUGCGAAGUACUUUUACACCCUUGGUGGGUUGCUCAACGAUGAUGCUACGCUGGAAGGAAUCCGCAUUCUUCGCAUCUUCUACGAAGUCUUGUUAGACAUUAAAGAAGGCGAAGAAGAUAAAGAGCUCACGACCUAUCAGUCGGGAAGUGGGAGUCUGCUGUUCAACUGCGCUUUCAGACCAGGUGCUGCGUUGCCCAUACCCCAAUUCUACAUCACCAUAUGGAAAUUCAUGCCGAGUAACGCAGUCAUCAUGGAGCGACUCACUGCGUUCUGGAGACGCAUCGGAUGGAACCAGCAAGCCGAAAAGUAUGCACAAGACUGGCAAGAUACGUUCCCAUGGGUUAAUGCCAGUGAAUGUGGUAACACGACUGUGCUUUCAUUCGCGUACAAAGCUGGUGGGUCUGGCAUCUACCAGAGUGUGUAUUACUCGCCCAUGGCACAUGUCGCUGCCGAAAGGUUGGGCUAUGUUUGA